AUGAGGGAAGAAAAGGUUUCCCUGGAAAUGGAUCCAAAAGAGAUUUGCAAAGAACAAGGUUUUGACGAAUACGAAACUCUACAGGGUUAUGAGUAUAUUACUGAGUAUGCAGAUGAGCAUAAUCCACAUGGUUUAGCUAUUGCAAAUACCGAAGAUAAGUUCACUUAUAGGAACAUUACAGCAAGACCGACUUGGGCGGCAAUGUUGAUAAUUAUUGUUGAAUUCGCAGAAAGGGCUUCAUAUUAUGGAACAACCGGUGUGUUGAAUAACUUUAUCAUGAGACCAUUACCUCUAGGCUCCAAAACAGGCAAGGUAAUGCCUGGACAUAUAGGUAAUGCCGGUGCUCUUGGUUUAGGUUUGCAGGAUGCUAAUGCUAUCACGACUUUACUGGAAUUUUUGGCACAUGUUGUACCCCUUUUUGGUGGUUAUCUUGCGGACGACAGACUAGGAAAGUUCAAAACUAUCAUGAUAGGUGUUUGGGUUGGCAUUCUUGCACAUUUUUUAUUUAUCAUUGCUGCUCUACCUCCGGUUAUUGCCAAGGGUCAGCCUGCAUUAGCGCCAGUAAUUUUUGGCAUCCUAACAUUGGCCAUCUGUACUGGUUUCAUCAAAGCUAAUUUAUUACCCUUAUUACUCGAACAAUUCCCAUAUAGAACAAAUGUUUUGAAGAGAACCUCUAGUGGUGAGGUUGUAUACAUUGAUAGGGAUAGCUCUAUCCAAAGACUUACUAUGUUCUACUAUUGGUCAGUUGAUAUUGGUGCUUUCUUAAGUAUCGCUACCUCCUAUUCUGCUAAAAGAGUUGGAUAUUGGCUGUCCUUUCUAGUUCCAAUGAUUAUGUAUUUCUUCGUCAUUAUUGCUAUGCUUCUGAUUAAACCACAUUUGAAACCUGAGAUUCCCCAAGGAUCUUUACUUAAAAAGGCACUUCUUGUUGUUAAAACGUGUUUGAAAGGAAAUUUCAUCAAAAGGUUGAGACACAAACAAUUCUGGGCAUAUGCAUUCCCUUCAAAUAUGGAAGCUAGAGGUGUAGCUUCUGAAAAGAUUAAGUGGACACAAGAAGAAGUUAAAGAUUAUAGAAUUACCUUUACUCAAUGUAUCUUAUUUGCAUAUUUUGUCAUAUUUAACAUAGCUGAUGUUGGAUUGGGUUCUACUUUAACAGCACAGGCAGGUGCAAUGUCAAGUAAAGGUAUCCCAAACGAUUUUUUCAACAAUUUUAAUGCAAUUGUCGUUAUAGUUACUAUUCCGUUUCUGGACUACAUUUUCUACCCACAACUGAGUAAAUUUAAAAUAUCAUUCAAGCGUGUUCAUAAGGUUUUUGUUGGUUUUAUGUUUGCAGCCAUAGCAUCCAUGGUUUCUGCAAUUAUCCAGUGGAAAGUGUAUGAGACUUCACCGUGUGGCUAUUACGCAACUACUUGUGACGAGCCAUCACCAUUGAGCGCAUGGCUAGAAAUUAUCAAUUAUGGUUUAUGCGCAAUUGGAGAAUGUUUCUGUUACACUACAGGCUAUGAAAUCGCAUACACUAGAGCUCCGGACAAUGGUAAAUCGUUAGUUAUGGCUAUUUUCAUGUUUAAUGCAGCGAUUUCCUCCGCAAUUAACGAAGGUAUCACAGGAGCAUUAUAUGAUCCGAAUUUGAUUAAACCUUUUGCUGGUGUUGCUGGGGUUGGGGCUUUCUGUGCAUUUGCAUUUUUAAUUCAGUACUGGAACCUAGACGAGACUAUUGAAGAGGAGGAAAGAGAGAGGGAAAGGCUUAAGCAAAAACAAAAUUCGGAAAUGCCUCUCGAAGUUGAGUUGAUGGAUUUAUCAUGUGGUAGCUCCAGCUCAAAGCAGCUUUAA